AUGCCCAGUUCUGACGACAGAGAAAAAGGCCAACAUGCCAAAGAUGAAGAGCAAGGCUUUCUGUCCAAGGAGUUUGCCGUACAAGACUCGCCCAAGGGGGAUCGCUUCAGCUACAAAUUUUGGAUCGCAACGACAAUCAACACACUCUCGACGGUUUCCAUUAUUUUCGUGAAUAAGCGCAUCUUCGAGACCGAAUCCCUCCGCCACGCCCAGGUCACUUUUGCCGCCUUCCACUUCAUCGUCACUUCGGCACUCCUCUACAUCCUAUCCCGGCCAGCCAUCAGUCUCUUCCAAGCGAAGCGCGUCAGCCUGAUCCAAAUCAUCCCACUCGCGCUCGCCAUGAUCUUCAAUGUCGUCCUGCAAAACGCCUCGCUGGCUUACUCCACCAUCCAAUUCUAUCAAAUCGUCCGCACGCUGCUCACCCCUUGCGUCGCGAUGCUAAACUACGCGCUCCACCGCAUCACAAUCUCCGCGCGGAUUGCCUUGACGCUCGUGCCGAUAUGUCUCGGCGUGGCCGUCGUCUCGUACUUCGACACUCUGGCCGAUGGCGUGGACGACGCGAAACGCACGACGAUGUUGGGAGCGGCUUUCGCCUUCUCCGGGGUCCUUGCCGGUGCCGUCUACACUCUCUGGAUUGUCAAGUAUCACAAGGCGCUGGAAUGCUCGAGCCAGCAGCUCCUGUUGAACCAAGCGCCGGUCAGCGUGCUGUUGAUGAUGUUCAUCAUUCCCUUCUCGGACAACAACACCGGUUGGCUGGAAGUGACGACACCAACUUGGAUCUUGAUUUGUUUGAGCGGUAUUCUGGCCUGCAUCCUCAACGUAUCUCAAUUUGUUGUCAUCGAUGAAGGAGGGGCCUUGAGUAGCACGAUUGUGGGCCACUUCAAGUCCUGUUGCAUUAUACUGCUGGGAUGGGUUUACAGCGGCAAGUCGCUCACGGAUUAUAGCGUAUUUGGGGUUGCGCUGGCCAUUGGAGGGAUCAUUUCGUACGUGUAA